GGGACCGGGCAGUGGGUGCUCUCCUGGCCGCGGUUUGAUGGCACGCCGGUUGCUCCCAGGCCGAGCCGGGCGACUCUGAGGGCUCAGGGAUCCUUUUGAAGGCUGGACCACGUGCCUGGAGACUCCCCACAGCAGUCAUGGACGGCUAUUCGGACCUGACUCGUAACGCCACCUCCGCAGUGACCCCUGUCACGGUAUUCAGCUACGACUAUGAAGACUACUUCUACCUGGAGGGCCAGAACUCAACCCCCGAGGCCCCCCCGACCCUGGAGUCGUCCCGCAGCACCAGCUUCCUCCUCCAGGUCCUCCCCGUCGGCAUCUACAGCGUGACCUGCCUCCUGGGCCUGCUGGGCAACGGCCUGGUCAUCGCCAUGGUCACGCUCAAGAUGAAGAAGUCCACCAGCACCGUCUGGUUCCUCAACCUGGCGCUGGCCGACUUCCUCUUCAACGUCUUCCUGCCGCUGAACAUCGCCUACACAGCCAUGGGGUACCACUGGGCCUUCGGCCGGUGCAUGUGCAAGGUGAACUCCCUGCUGCUCAACCUGAACAUGUACACCAGCGUCUUCCUGCUGACGAUGAUCAGCUUCGACCGCUGCGUCUCGGUCGUCUUCCCCGUCUGGGCCCAGAACCACCGGAGCCCCAAGCUCGCGUGGGCACUCUGCGCGCUCAUCUGGGCCCUCGGCUUCCUGAUGAGCUCCCCCUCCCUCGUUUUCCGCGACGUCUUCGUGAAGCACAAUGCCAUCGCCUGCUUCAACAACUUCUCCUUGUCGCAGUCGCAGUCGGACGCCCAGCUGGGGAGGACGCGGCACCUGGCGGUGACGGUCGCCCGCUUCCUGGCCGGCUUCGUCGUCCCCCUGGCCGUCAUCACGGCGUGCUACCUGGUCAUCGUUUUCCGGCUGAGGCGGAACCGCCUCGCCAAGUCCAAGAAGCCCCUGAGGAUCAUCGUGGCCCUGAUAGUGAUCUUCUUCUCGUGCUGGUGCCCUUACCACGUGUUCCACCUGCUGGAGACGCAGCACCACCUGGUCCCGCCGUCCCUGCUGAGGGUCGGGCUGCCCAUCGUCACGGCCAUCGCCGUCUCCAACAGUUGCAUGAAUCCGGUCCUUUACGUCUUCAUGGGGCAGGAUUUCAAGAACUUCAAGGUGGCCAUCCUGUCCCGGCUGGCAAACGCCCUGAGCGAGGAGACGGUCCACGGCUCGCUCUCUCGCAGGAGCUUCACAAGGCAGUAUUCCAUCACCGAAAAGGAAACGACGUUGCUCUGAGCUCUGGGUCACAACCGACAGCCCGUCCCCUGAGGCGGGGACCGGCCGAGUGGGGUGCAGCCGCUUCCCCAAGCGCCUAACACCCACCGUGGAGGCCUUGUUGGGGUAUUUCCAGCGGUCCCCGAAGGAGCAGGGCGUUCUCUUUACGAGCCUGUACCGCGAUCACAAGAAGGGGCUUGGCGAGCCGCUGGCUGGCUGGCAAGCACUCCUCUUAUUCCCCCAGCGAAGGUUUUGUCUUCAGCCCUUGCCCAUCUCUGCCUAUGCAAGCGUCAUGGCUGAAUGGGGAGCUGAACCUGAGCCUUCCCAAUCCAGUCCUUAAGCCCUGCUUUGCAUCCUACUAGUCCUCAGUAAUACAAGUUCCAGAACAGUGAAACAAACCCUCAGUUACUCUUCUCUGCCCAGGCCGUCCGUUGUCUUCCGAGCAAAGGGAGCUCCCCGAGUUGGAGUCCACGCACCUAAUAGCACCCGUUCAUUUGCAAAACUGCAUGCGGAACUCACGGGGCUCAGGGCAAGGGCACGCUCUCAGGCUGGGGCCAACCCCACGAAAAUGUCCACACAGUUCGUAGUGCCUCAGAUCUGGCCAGGCCACGUGCCACUAAGGCCAGCUGGGACGUUCCAAAAAUCUGUAAUGUGUUUUUUCCCUAAAAGUUUUUUUUAAAAUCUCUCCCUCUGGUGUGAAUGGUGCCAGGUUGGCUACAUAAAGUUCCAUGUUUGGAGAAGAGGUGUGGCAAUGCAUAAAGCUUGCUGAGAAGUGGGAAAAGAUCUGGGGUUUGGGUGGAGACAUGCUAAAUUCACAUAUGCUGCUUGUGCCUUCAAGUGAAGUGUUCCUAAACAUCCUUCAAGACCUCCUUCAAACCUUAGCCAAAGACCCAGGCUGAAUACUACGUUUUGUUUUAUGAAAAGUGCAUUAUGGUGCCAGGAGGAGAAGCAAAGGCAAUAAAGCUAGCGAACGAAGCAUUGGUACUGUAGCCAGUAAAGUGGGCCGCUUGCUUGUUUGCAAAUGCACCUGACAGUUCAUGAGGACCAGGAACUUGUCUUUUUUAAAAGAGAAAGCUAACAUUCUCAGAUUGGUGAGCUAGUUCCUCCAUUCCGCCACAUCCCAUGCAGGCAGAGAUGCGGGCGAGGCCUGUCCACGGGCUCUCCGACACCCACGCAGGCCCCUCCUGCAGAGGAACGGAUUCCAACGUGCGCAUGUUUUCCCACCUUAGAAAUGGUGGCUCAGGGAUUCCGUGUCUCAUCCGGCUCGUCAAGCAAGUGUCCUGCUCCUGUUUGUCUUUUCUGUGAGAUGUCAUAGCGGAUUAAUAAAUCUUUUCUAUAAAA